AUGGAGGCAGCUAAUGAAAUCAUGAAACAAGUUAUUCCGAUUCUGAUGAUUCCCAUUAAUGAUUACCUACGCUACAUCAUUUCCUGCAUGAAGUACGUGAGGAACAUGUGUAUUAAAAUGACGGAGUUAAAGGCUGCAAGAGUUGGUGUUGAAGAACACCUGACUCGAAACACUAGUAGCCAUCUUGAGGUUCCAACCAAUGUCGAUGGGUGGUUAAAAGAUGUAGGAAAAAUCAUCGAAAAAUUCGAAAAAGUUCCUAGUGACGUCAAUAGUUGCUUCAAUCUAAAGAUAAGGCACACCGUCGGGAGGAAUGCCUUCAAUAUAACUGAGGAGAUUGACAGUGCCAUGAGACGACACUCUUUAAUCACUUGGACUGAUCAUCCCAUUCCUUUGGGAAGAGUACUUGAUUCCAUGAAGGCGUCCACAUCUGCACCAUCAACCGAACACGAUGACUUCCGUUCAAGAGAGGUGACUUUUAAAGAAGCAUUAAAAGCACUUGGACCAAACCACAAAGGCCACAUGGUAGCCUUAUGUGGGAUGGGUGGAGUGGGGAAGACCACAAUGAUGAAAAAGAUAAAGAAUGUUGUGGAAAAGAGGAAAAUGUUUGAUUAUGUUGUUGUGGCGGUUAUAGGGGAAAAGACGGACCCUAUUGCUCUUCAGAAAGCUGUAGCCGAUUACUUGCAUAUUGAGCUAAAUGAAAGCACUAAACUAGCAAGAGCAGAUAAACUUUGUAAAUGGUUCAAGGACAACUCAGAUGGAGGUAAGAAAAAGUUCCUCGUAAUACUCGACGAUGUUUGGCAAUCUGUUGAUUUGGAAGAUAUUGGUUUAAGUACUCCUUUUCCAAAUCAAGGUGUCAACUUCAAGGUCUUGUUGACAUCACGAAAAAGAGAUAUUUGCACAAUGAUGGGAGUUGAAGCCGAUUUAAUUCUCAAUGUCAAAGUCUUAGAAGAAGAAGAAGCACAAAAGUUGUUCCUCCGGUUUGUAGAAAUUAGUGACCAGUACCAUGAGCUUCAUCAGAUAGGGGUAGAUAUAGUAAAGAAGUGUUAUGGUUUACCCAUUGUCAUUAAAACCAUGGCUCUUACUUUAAGAAAUAAAAGAAAGGAUUCAUGGAAGGACGCACUCUCUCGUUUAGAGGACCAUGACACUAAAAAUGUUGCAAAUGAAGUUUUCGAGAUGAGCUACCGCAAUCUCCAAGAUGAGGAGACCAAAGCCAUUUUUUUGCUUUGCGGUUUGUUCCCCGAAGACUUUGAUAUUCCUACUGAGGAGUUGGUGAGGUAUGGAUGGGGCUUAAAUCUAUUUAAAAAAGUGUAUACCAUAAGAAAGGCAAGAACGAGAUCGCAUGCAUGUAUUGAGCGACUCCUGGAUUCAAAUUUGUUGAUUGAAAGUAAUGAUAUUCGGUGCGUCAAGAUACACGAUCUGGUGCGCACUUUUGUUUUGGAUAUGUAUUGUACAGUCGAGCAUGCUUCAAUUGUCAACCAUGGUAAUAUGCCUGGAUGGACCGAAUAUAAUAUGGCUGACUCUUGCAAUACAAUUUCAUUAACAUGCAAGAGUAUGUAUGGGUUUGAGUUUCCAGGAGACCUUAAGUUUCCAAACCUAACAGUUUUGAAACUUAUGCAUGGAGAUAAGUCUCUAAGGUUUCCUCAAGACUUUUAUCAAGCAAUGGAAAAACUUCGGGUUAUAUCAUAUGAUAAAAUGAAGUAUCCAUUGCUUCCCUCGUCACCUCAAUGCUCCACCAACAUCCGAGUGCUUCAUCUCCAUGAAUGUUCAUUAAGGAUGUUUGAUUGCUCUUGUAUUGGAAAGCUAUUGAAUUUGGAAGUCCUCAGCUUUUUUAAUUCUAACAUUGAAUGGUUACCUUCCACAAUUGGAAAUUUAAAAAAGCUAAGGCUACUAGAUCUGAGAUAUUGUGAUCGUCUUCGUAUAGAACAGGGUGUCUUGAAAAAUUUGGUCAAACUUGAAGAACUUUAUAUUGGAAAUACGUCAGCGUUUACAGAGGCUAAUUACAAUGAGAUGGCAGAGCGUUCAAAUAACCUUUCUACGUUAGAAUUUGAGUUCUUUAAUAACAAAUCUCAAGUGAAGAAUAUGUCAUUUGAGAAUCUUGAACGAUUCAAGAUCUCAGUGGGAUGCCCUUUAUUAAUUGGAAAUAUCACUGAGAGUAGCCACUCAUAUGAAAACACGUUGCAAUUGGUGACCAAAAAGGGUGAAGUAUUCGACUCUAAUUUUAAUGAGUUGUUUGUGAAAACAGAGGUGCUUUGUUUAAGCAUAGAUGGAAUGAAUGAUCUUGAAGAUGUUAAGGUGAAGUCGACACAUCCUCCUCAAUCCUUUUCAUUCUACAAUUUAAGAGUCCUUGUAGUUUCAAAGUGUAUAGAGUUGAGAUACCUUUUCAAACUCUGUGUUGCAAACACUUUGUCAAGUCUUGAGCAUCUGGAAAUUUGUGAAUGCGAUAAUAUGGAAGAACUCAUUCAUACUGGAAUUGGGGCUAGUGAAGAAGAGACAAUUACAUUCCCUAAGUUGAAGUUUUUAUAUUUAGGUGGACUACCGAAGUUAUUAGGUUUGUGCCUUAAUGUCAACAUAAUUGAGCUACCACAACUCGUAGAGUUGAAACUUCAGGGCAUUCCAGGUUUCACAAGCAUUUAUCCGCAGAACAAGUUGGAAACGUGUAGUUUGUUGAAGGAAGAGGUUGUGAUUCCUAACUUAGAGACACUUCAAAUUGAUGACAUGGAGAACUUAGAGGAAAUAUGGCCUUGUGAACUUAGUAGAGGUGAGAAAGUUAAGUUGAGAGAGAUUGAAUUGAGAAAUUGUGAUAAACUUGUGAAUCUAUUUCCGCACAAUCCCAUGUCUCUGCUGCAUCAUCUUGAGGAGCUUAAUGUCAAGAAAUGCAGUUCCAUUGAAUCGUUAUUCAACAUCGACUUGGAUUGUGAUGGUGCAAUUGGGCCAGAAGACAACAACAACUUGAGAAACAUUAAUGCGGUGGAAUUAGGGAAGCUAAGAGAGGUUUGGAGGAUAAAAGGUGCAGAUAACUCUCGUCCUCUCGUUCGUGGCUUUCAAGCAGUUGAACGCAUAUAUAUUCGAGAAUGUGAGAGGUUUAGAAAUGUAUUCACACCUAUCACCACCAAUUUUGAUCUGGGGGCACUUUUAGAGAUUUUGAUAUAUGACUGCAGAGAAAACAAAGAAAACAGGGGAAAUCAUGAAUCGGAAGAGAGUAGACAAGAGGAAGAGCAGACUGAUAUUUUGUCAGAGGAAGAGACAUUACAAGAAGGGACUAAUAGUAUUUCUAAUGGUGUAUUCGCAUCCUGUCCCAUACACUCUUUUCAUAACCUCCGUAAACUUGUGUUGGAGGAUUAUGAAAGAGUGGAGGUGGUGUUUGAGAUAGAGAGUCCAACAAGUAGAGAAUUGGUAACAACUCACCAUAACCAAAAUCUUAUACUUCCCAACCUCGAGGAAUUGAAUCUAAGGAAGAUGGGCAACAUGAGUCAUGUGUGGAAGUGUAACUGGAAUAAAUUCUUUGCUCUCCCAAAACAACAAUCACAAUCCCCAUUCCACAACCUCACAACCAUAUACAUGUACGAGUGCAAAAGCAUUAAGUACUUGUUUUCACCUCUCAUUGCAGAGCUUCUUUCCAACCUAAAGGAAGUCAUGAUAAACGAGUGUGUUGGUAUUGAAGAAGUUGUUUCAAACAGAGACGAUGAGGAUGAAGAAAUGACUAUAUCUACCCACACAAGCACCAUCUUGUUCCCUCAACUUGAUUCUCUCAGUCUAGGAUACAUGAACAAUCUGAAGUGUAUUGGUGGAGGUGGUGCCAAGGAUGGGAGCAAUGAAAUAUAUUUCAACAAUACCACUACAACUACCACUUUUCUUCAUCAAUUUGAGUUGUCUAAAGCAGGUGGUUUUUCUUGGAGCUUAUGCCAAUACUCUAGAGAGAUAAUAAUAGAAGGGUGUGAUGCUUUGUUAAGUGUGAUUCCAUGUUAUGCAGCAGGACAAAUGCAAAAGCUUCAAGUGCUGAAAAUAAGCUCUUGCAAAGGGAUGAAGGAGGUAUUUGAAAACAGUGGUUGUGAUGAAGGAAAUGGUGGAAUUCCAAGAGUAAAUAACACAAUUAUGCUUCUGAAUCUAAAGAUAUUGGAAAUCAGCAAUUGUAGUAGUUUGGAACAUAUAUUCACAUUCUCUGCACUCGAAAGCCUGAGACAGCUCCAAGAGUUAACGAUAAAGUAUUGCAAGGCAAUGAAAGUGAUUGUGAAGAAGGAAGAAGAUGAAUAUGGAGAGCAGCAAACAAAAACAACGUUAAAGGCAUCUUCUUCUAAGGAGAUUGUGGUGUUUCCUCGUCUAACGUCCAUUGUACUAAAAGAUCUACCAGAGCUGUUGUCUGAAGCAGGCGGUGUUUCUUGGAGCUUAUGCCAAUACUCUAGAGAGAUACGUAUAAGGAAUUGUGAUGCAUUGUCAAGUGUGAUUCCAUGUUAUAGAGAAGGACAAAUGCAAAAGCUUCAAGUGCUGAGAAUAUGGUCUUGUGAUGGGAUGAAGGAGGUAUUUGAAACUAAAGGGACGAGCAGCAACAAAAACAAGAGUGGUUGUGAAGAAGGAAAUGGUGGAAUUCCAAGACAAGAUAGCUUUAUUAUGCUUCCCAAUCUAAAGAUAUUGGAAAUCCACAAUUGUGGGUGUUUGGAACAUACCUUCACAUUCUCUGCACUCGAAAGCCUGAGGCAGCUCGAAGAGUUAAUGAUAACAUAUUGCAAGGCAAUGAAAGUGAUUGUGAAGAAGGAAGAAAAUGCAUCUUCUAAGGAGGUUGUGGUGUUUCCUCGUCUCAAGUCCAUUGAACUAGUGGGUCUGCCAAAGCUGGAGGGUUUCUUCUUGGGGAAGAAUGAGUUCCGGUGGCCAUCAUUGGAUGAUGUUACCAUCAAAAAAUGUCCCCAAAUGUCGAUGUUCGCACCUGGUGGAUCAACAUCUCCCAAGCUCAAGUAUAUAAAAACAAGCUUUGGCAUAUAUAGUGUCGAUAACGAUGGGCUUAACUUUCAGACCACAUUCCCUGCUACCUCGGAAGGGAUGCCUUGGUCUUUUCAUAACUUGAUCGAAUUACAUGUGGAACAUCAGUUUGUUAAUGUUAAAAAGAUUAUUCCAUCCAGUAAGUUGCUGAAACUGCAAAAGCUGCAAAAGAUUCAUGUAGGCUAUUGUUUUGGGGUAGAGGAGGUAUUUGAAACAUUGGAAGCAGCAGGGAGAAAUGGAAAUAGUGGAAGUGGAAGUGGUUUUGAUGAAUCGUCACAAACUACUACUACUACUCUUGUCAAUCUUCCAAACCUAACACAAGUGGAGUUAGAAUGGCUACCUCAUCUGAGGCAUAUAUGGAAGAGAAAUCAAGGAACAACAUUUGAGUAUCCAAACCUAACAAGAGUUGAUAUUAAUCAAUGCAAAAAGUUAAAACAUGUAUUUACAAGUUCCAUGGCUGGUGGUCUAUUGCAACUCCAAGAGCUACGUAUAUUGAACUGCAGACAUAUGGAGGAGGUGAUUGGCAAGGACACAAAUGUAGUUGUAGAAGCAGAAGAAUUUGAUGGCGAGAGGAAUGAGAUACUUGUGUUACCUCGUCUAAAGUCCUUGAAAUUACAAGACCUUCCAUGUCUUAAGGGGUUUAGCUUGGGGAAGGAGGAUUUUUCAUUCCCAUUAUUGGAUACUUUGGAAAUCUUCAACUGCCCAGCAAUAACGACUUUCACCAAAGGAAAUUCUGCUACUCCACAGCUAAAAGAAAUAGAAAUAAAUUUUGGCUUGUUUUAUGCAGAGGAAGACAUCAACUCCUCUAUUAUAAAGAUCAAACAAGGGAAUUCAAAAAAGACGAAGAGUCUGAUUAAUGUGAAGUAAGUAACUAUUAAAGGUUUAAUCGUGAUGACCAUCUAAACCAAUUGACUAUCUGUCGAUAGUAUUCAAGGAUAGAACUGUUCAUCAUAUGAAGGAGGAUACUAAAGAAGAACAUGGUUGAUGUGAAGAUGUUAACAUAUGAAUCAAAUAACAAAGUACUCACUGAUCUAAGUUUGUUGGUUGAAGAUGUUGAUUUCAAUGUUUCAGAUUCGUUGGUAUCAUUAUGUGGGUUUAUCAGUGUUAGUGGGAUAACGAAUGACUUAACCUAGCUAGAUUAUUUUGUUAGUAAAUGCUGUACUCAGGCAUGGAAAAAUAGGAAUGGCUUGUGAAAAAUAUAUGCAAAAUGCAAUGGUGAAAUACUUGAAACUUAAUUGGUAGG